AAUGUUUACAUUUUGUUUAGCACUUCGGUAAUUGAAAUGUGCGGCAUUUUCUGUGCAAUAAGCCACAAUAAAGAUGACGCAAAUUGCCAUUUGCACCAAGCACUGGCAACACUGCUGCACAAUCGUGGACCCGAUGCGAAUGACAAGCUGCAAAUCGACAAUGUGCUGCUGGCCGGCAACGUUCUGUGGCAACAGGGCGCCGCACCGCAAAAGCAGCCCAUAUCCGAUGGCCAUUUGGUGCUCCUUUUCAAUGGGGACUUGUACAAUUUGGAUGCACAGAAGCCAGCAGCCCAAGCGGACAGUGCCUGGCUAUUGAAGCAGCUUGUCAAAUGCAACGACGAUGAUAAGCGUCUGCUGACGCUUCUGCAGCAUCUAGAGGGACCCUAUUGCCUCAUCCUCUACAACAGCCGUGAUAAAGUUUUAUACUUUUGCCGCGAUGCACUGGGCAGAAAUUCGCUAAUCGUGGAGAGCAGUAUGGAAUGCUUAAGACUGAUGAGCACCUCGUACCACUUGGAUAAGGAGGAGGGGCAGGUGACAAUGACAUCGCUGGAGCUGCCGCCACUUGGCUUGUACAAGCUUCAUGUAAAUGAAUCGAGUAAAUGUGUACUCUAUCCUUGGCAGCAGCUAAACAAAGAGAUGCAGCAGCAGUUGACCAAACUGGAUGCAGCCAUGGAUUGGUGUACGUUUCUCAAGCAAUCCAUCGAGCCGAAUUGGCUGCUCAACGGCGGCGAGGGCGCCGAGCAGGAGCAGAAGAGCUAUGAUCUCUAUGACUUGGCUAAAGAUGCACCGAAACUGCAGAUGGAGCUGCAGCUGGAGCAGCUCUACAAGCAGUCGCUGGAGAAUGCACCACUGCAGCAGGCAUUGGGGACACUGGAUAAAUUGCUGCAACGUUCGGUUGCAACACGCGUUACCCAAACGGCGCCAAUUUGUCGCCAUUGUGUUGGAAGAAGCGUCGCCAGCUGCUCGCAUGCCAAGAUCUGCAUACUAUUCUCUGGCGGCAUUGACUGCAGCAUUUUGGCGCUGCUCGCUGAUCGAAGUGUACCACACGCAGAACCCAUCGAGCUCAUCAAUGUAGCCUUUGAGCGAGUGGGAAGAAAACAGCAGCAGCCGCAGCAGGUGGAUAACUUGUGGCAAGUGCCCGAUCGCCAGACUGCGUGGCAAUCCCUUGCGGAAUUGCAGCGAUUGUGCCCGCAGAGAAACUGGCAGCUGCUCGAGGUGAAUGUGAGUCGUGAGGAACUGCAUCAGCAGCUCAGCGACCACAUACGUCAGCUCAUCUAUCCGCUGCAAACGGUGCUCGAUGAGUGCCUGGGUGGCGCCUUCUGGUUUGCCGCCGCCACUCCCAACUCAACGGCCCGUGUCGCAAUCCUCGGCAGCGGUGCCGACGAGCUCUUUGGCGGCUAUACGCGCCAUCGCAACGCGUAUAGACGGGCCGUUGGUGAUCAGCAAACGCGGUUGGACGCACUGCGUCACGAACUAGACAUGGACUGGCAACGCAUUCCAGCACGCAAUCUGGCGCGUGAUGAUCGGUGCAUUGCGGACAGCGGCAAAACGGCGCGUGCUCCAUUCAUUGAGGAGCACGUGGCCAGCUUUGUGCGCUCACUGGCACCAGAGCAGCGCUGUUGCUAUGCCCUGCCCGAGGGCAUUGGCGAUAAGCUGCUACUCCGCCUCUAUGGCCACCGUCUCGGGCUGCGCUCUGCCGCUCUCCUCAAGAAGCGGGCCAUUCAGUUCGGAUCGCGCAUUGCGGACAAGAAGCAGCAGGCGACUCAGCAAUCCGACUAUCUGCUCUUCAAUGGAAUCGAUAGCAAUAGUUAACAGUAGUAUUUAUAUCCUGAUCCCGUUUAAAAUGGAUAAAAAGAAGAAAACAUUUCCGACCCAUAAAGUAUAUGUAUAUAUUCCUGAUCAGGAUCAACAGUCGAGUCGAUCUAGCCUUAUCUGCCUAUCUCUCUGAAACUAGAAGAGCUGCAGACUUCAAAUUCGAAAUAUAGGGUCUCGUGAAUCCCGCGUAGAUCCAGCUUAGUUCAUUUUAUCGAUAACUGCCCCCGUUCGGCAAACAUCGAUAAAUAAAUUUGUCCGAUAGCAAUAAAGCCACUAUUUUCAAGACACAUUCUACCAAUUUAUAUACAAUAGACAUUGACAUAUUCUUGAUCAACUGCGCACAUUUCAUCAAGAUCGGAUUAAGAACAAAUAAGUUUUAAUCAAAAUCGUAUUCUCAUAUUGAUGGAAUAUAUCGUAGUCGAGCUCACUCGACUAGAAUAUGAUGAUGAUAUAUCUCCGAUCUCAUGAAACAUUUCUAUAUAUGUAUUCUUAAUCAACAGCAAUAUCUGUUUGUGUAUAGAUCUUUAAAAAUACAAAAACA